AUGUCUGGUAAGAGUUUGGUGGAUCAGAUUAGGCACUAUCAGAAGGAUAUUGAAAGAUGCCCCGAAAAUUCAGAACGUAUGAUAAGAUGCAUUCAAAGACUGUAUGUUUUGCCAAUUCAAGUGCUUCACUUACAAGAGACAGGUGUUGGAAGAAGUGUAAAUUCAUUGAGGAAAUACAAAGGUGAAGUGGGAGAAGCUGCCAAAGCUCUUGUAGCGAAAUGGAAGGCAAUGGUGGCUGCUGAAGAAUCAAGUGAUGAUUCCAAUGACAAAAUAAAAUCUAACUCGUCAGAUAGUAAAUUAAGUAAAUCAUCUGUUUCCAGUGUUAAAGUUGAACCAAAAUAUGAAAAACCUGUCGUUAAGGUUGAACCUAAAUCGGAAAAGCCUAUUGUAAAAACUGAACUAAAGUCAGAAAAGCAAGAACAUGUGAGUAGUAGAGAUAAACACAGCAGUAAAGAUAGGUCUAGUAGUAGAGAUAAUUCAGUUAGUAAAGAGAAAUCCCAUCAUAGUUCGUCAAGGCAUCAUAGUGAAUCACAUUCUUCAUCUAGGUCCCACUCGUCUUCAACCAAAAGAUCUCAUUCAAGUUCUGAAAAGAACCAUACCUCAGAAAAGAAAAGUAGUUCGCAUCAAAAUCACAAAUCAUCUCAUAAUGAAAAGAGGCAUACUUCUGAUGAGGAUACCCCACCAAGUCCAAAGAAACAUAAAAAACAUCACUCACAUUCAAGGAAUCAUUCGCAUUCAAAACAGGAGAUUGUUGAAUCAGAGGAAGAGGAAGCCAAUGAAAGUGGUGAUGAUCGGAGUGAGCCUGCUGAUUCGAGUAGUGAUUCAGAAAAAGAAUCUUCUGAAGAAAGUGAAAAUUCUAGUGUUGAAGAAGAACUCGUUGAGCGAUUGUCAACAUUAGAUGAAGAGGAAGAAGAACAAGAAUCCGAUAACAGUUCAAGUGAUCACAGGCAUCGCUCUAAGCAUAAGUCUUCAUCUCAUAAACACGUUAAAUCUAGUCAUUCACAUUCAGAUAAGAACAAAGAAAAUCAUAGUAGCCAUAAAAGUAGCAGUAGAGAUUCUUGUAAAAAAUCUUCUAAGGAUUCCAAAUCAUCUUCAAAGCAUUUAGAGGAACUAAUUAAAGAAAAUGAGAAAAAAGUUAAAAAAGAAAAAGAUGAGUUUGAAGUGCCAAAAUAUAUUCCUACUAAGAAUGUUAAAGUUGAAAGAAAUGAAGAUGGAAGUAUAGACAGUGGAUCAGGUGCAAGUUUUGCUGAUGCUUUGUUAGGUAUGGACAGUUUUGUAGAGCCAAAGAAAAAAAAGAAGUCGUCGUCGAAAGAGCCUUCUUCUAGUUCAAAUCAUAAAACUUCAUCAUCACAAAAAACUAGCAGUAGUAGCCAUAAGAGGUCGCACUCUCAUAGCAGCAGUAAUAGUUCGAAAGAAAAAUCAAAGGAAAGCUCUUCUAAACCUAAAUCCAUUGAUGAAUUAGUAGAGACUCCAGACCUUUUAACAAAAAAAGUGAAAUUAGAAGCAUUAGACUUGGAUAUCUCUAGUACUCUUCCGGAAAUUAAUCCAAAUUAUAAGCCUCUACCGCCCGUCCCAGAAUCAUCUAGAAGACAGUCUAGAAUGUCAGAAGAAGAUACCAUGUUUUCCAUUAUGACUACAAAGAAUCAGAGGACUAAAGUUUAUUCAGGGAAUAAAGUUUAUUCCAACACAGUUCCUACACUUUUUAAUUUGUGCAUUCAGUUAUUAUAUGAAAAUAUAGAUGCUGUGGAAUAUACCGGAGGAGUACCCUACAAUCUUCUAAAGCCUUUGCUGGAGAGGUUAAAUUCUGAUCAAUUGUACGUCAUCGAACAUUUUAACCCUUACCUUAUUGAAGACACUGAUAAUUUAUGGAAAUUUCACUGCUCCAAAGACUUCCGAAGUCAAAAGCGGCAGGAUUUGGAGUCGUGGAGGGACCUGUACUUGAGGUGCAUCGAAGAGAGGGAGAGGAAAUUGAAGGCUGUGACGGCAAAUAUUUCUCAUUCGAUGGCCAAAUCUGUUCCGGUCCGACAAGCAAAGUUGGCUUACGUCGAUGCUGUUGUGAAACCACCAAGGAAUGUCGCUAGGAAGCAGGCAAAAUAUGGGACAGGUUCUAGCUCUAGUUCUAAGUCUACACCAAAUAAUAACAAGCAGGACAUUGUCAGUAAGGCCAUCGUCGGCGGGCAUACCCCUGGCGUUUCAGCUAAGGAUGUUGUCCCUCCUCCUCCGACGCCCAGGGCCGCUCACCAUUCCACUCCUGCUGUCUUGAAAAAGAAAAAAGCCCCUUUGAUGCAGAAAGCAUUACAGUUCAUAAAGGGAAAUAGAUUUAAGCGAUAA